UUGAAGAAAGGGCAGCAGAGCGGGGCUUGCAACUUAUUACGCAUGCUCACUCUUUUCACUGAUUGGCUAGGGCCUUAUACUUUCAACCUUCCUCCAAGAGCUUCCUUAGCAACGGUCACCGUUGAGACGGGAAAGACGCCUCUCGCGGAUUGGCUUGUCCUCGGCCUCCCUGCAGCGUAGAUUGGCUGAAGCGUCGCUACAGGGCCAGGCCCCGGCAGUCGCUGCUCUAGAACCGGCUGUAUGAGAACGGAGGCGGGAUCGCGGGAGGAGCGACGAGAUGAUCCGCCAGAAGUCCAGCCAAUUCCUGGGACUCAGAAUGCAGUCGGAGCUGGAAGAGCCCUCCGAAGUGCGGCGGGAACCCGACAAGGACCUCAGCUCAGUGGAUGAAUCGGCUACGCGGAUGGGAACAAUUGUGCGGACCGAGUCAGGGACUGCGGCCUCGCUGGAAGCGGAUCAUGAUCCUGCAGCCAACUUGUUCCCGCCGCCGCUGCCCCAACCCCGGAUCUGCAUGUGGAAGUACCUGGACAUCCAUUCCAUGAACAGGCUGGAGAAGACGGCCAAUGUUGAGGAGAUGAGGGAUGUGCUGGCCCAAUUAUUGGGGCUAGGGGCUCCUGAGCAGAGCCUGCGGGAUGCCAUCACCCUGGACCUCUUCUCCCAUGCACUUAUUUUCUGCCGCCAGCAGGGCUUCUCACUGGAGCAGACAUCAACAGCUUGUGCCCUGCUCCAAGAUCUUCACAAGGCCUGUAUUGCAACCCCCUUGGGCAACGUGGAGGAAUGUUACCGCUACUUUACCAGUGUUCUUUUCUGCCAUGGAGUCAGGCGGCCUCCCUUCAGUAUCGACCUCUUUAAGGAGGAACAGCUGCUGGCCCUGGUAGAUUAUGUUGUCAACACCUACUUUCGCCACUUCAAGCUCUACAAAUAUGUCUUUACACCCCAGGUACGGCUGGAUCUAUCUUUGACUUACUUGGGGCUAGAGCCACCCAAGCUCCAGCCAGAGGAUGAGAUGGGCCAGGUCUCCGCCCUCCGAGCCUACAUCAAAACCCAGCUGAACAAGGAGUUGGGACAGCUCCAAAAGCUGGUGGAGGAACGGCUCAAGGCCAGCGAGGAAAGGCUCAGCAGCAAGCUGACCACACUGGAGCAGCCUUUCCAGCUACCUGCAAGCAAAGGCAAGAACAAGACCAAGUGAUCCCCAGUGUUUUCCCCAAUAAAGGCCUGGGCCAGAGUGGCCCCAUCCCCACCCCA